AUGGCCUACGAGUACGAGUACGAUGUUGAGAAGAAUAGAAGCGUCGCUGGAGAUGUUCAUAAUGCCAGCAGCGAGCGGAGUAGCCAGGAGAAGAAACGGCCUAGCAUGGGGUACGAAGAUGGCGCUGUGCCUGGAGAGAGCUUCGAAGUCGGCAAUGGUCUAUACGCCAAGAUUCAACGUCUAGCUGGUCGAUUUCAUGUUGAGCAGAGAGGUAUUGAGAGAGUGCCGGAGGAUGAGCGGACGGGCACUGGCUUCAAGGCAUUGCUCAAUGUCUCUACCAUAUGGCUGUCCGCCAACAUGGUCGUCUCCUCCUUCGCGAUCGGUAUUCUGGCCAAGUCUCUCUUCUACCUCGCUGUCGCCGAUGCUAUGCUGGUCUGCCUCUUCUUCAACCUGAUCGGUAUCACGCCAGUCUGCUACUUCUCCUGCUUCGGUCCAAACUUCGGCUUGCGACAAAUGGUUCUGUCACGAUUCUGGUUCGGCUGGUGGGGCGUAAAGCUCAUUGCAAUCUUCAACGUCCUGGCUUGCAUCGGAUGGUCUUCCGUCAACUCGAUCGUCGGCGCACAGCUCAUCCAUACGGUCAACAACGACGUCCCAGGUUUCGCUGGCGUACUCAUCAUCGCCUUCUGCACAAUGAUCGUGUGCUUCUUCGGGUACAAAGUCGUGCACGCCUACGAGUUCUACUCCUGGAUCCCUUCAUUCAUCAUCUUCGUGAUCGUGCUCGGCGUCUUCGCGCAUAGCGGAGACUUUGUCAACAUUCCCUGGGAGACCGGAACCUCUGAAAUGGGCAAUGUACUCUCUUUCGGUGCAACCGUCUACGGCUUCGCAACAGGCUGGACCUCAUACGCCGCCGACUAUACGUCUACCGACCAUCAACCCAAUCGCGCAAGAGAGUCUUCUUCUGGACCUGGCUCGGCUUGA